CCGUGUUAUCUUUAAUAAACAUCAAAUAAGCUUUUGCCCGUAAAUUAGGUAGCACCUAUUAUCAUAUUACUAACAAUAUUCAGACACACAUGUCUCUCAAUGGAGAAUGCAACAUUUCUUAGCUUAUUUGUUUAUCAUUCUUUUUUAAUUAUCGUGCCGUUUCAAACAUUUCAGAUUCGACAAAAUACAUGCUUUUAUGGCCCAAUACGAUAUGAGUUCCGGAAAACUCCCUCGUAUUUUGUUUAGGCUCCGGAGUGUACACCUGCAAGUAAAACAGUUGCCUCCCCUGAAUAUAAGUUUGUUAUUAAAAAAGGGGAAAUCCUGGAAAACGAACCCACUGGAGCAAGAUGGACUUCACUCACAACCAGGACAAGCCACACAACUACAGCACUUCAUCUCAAAUGCUGCAGCAUGGCAUGAUGACCCCUGAAGGUUUCAGACAUCUGUCAGUCCCUCCUCACUUGACCCAUCUGCCCAGCUUCAUCCCACCUCAAAAUGCGCCCGAGAACUAUUCUCUAGGGACGCAUCAUUUUGGCCAAAGUAACAUGUACAAAGACCAUAACUUUGGCAUGCAGCAAGUUCAUCAUUCUUCAUUAAGUUAUAAGAAUGUUCAUGGGCCAGUGGAGCCAGAAACAGUUUCAGAACCUUCACACAGCAGUACAGUUAGCAUAGACAUGAGAGGAGACCAUACUGUUUACCACAACGAGAGCAAAAAGGCAGAAGUCUGUGGUGAGGUACUGUUAGAUGAUGUGAAGUUCACAUGUGGGGCCUGCCUGUUGCUGUUUAGUUCUGUGUGUGGACUUCACAGGCACAUGCAAAGUCACGGCUCUGGUUAUUACUUGGGCUGUUCCACAAAUACAGCUUUCCCAAAGGUUCAGACAGUGUCCUCUGAAAUGCAGACUGACUUGCAGACAGUGUCUUUAGAAAUGCAAACUGAAUUGUUGACAUUUAAUGUUCCAAUACAGGCUGAAAGUGUAGAUGCCACUGAUGCGAGGACUGAAAGUACCGGCAUUAAUGAAGUCAAAAUUGAAGUUAAGGGUCUAAGAAAGAAGCAUAGCGCAGACUCAAUAAAAAUUGAAAGGAGAACGCCACCAAAGAAGAGAGGACGCAAACCAAGAGAGAACAAAGAGGAACAGGUAAGAGAGAAAAGGAAGAGGCAUUCUGUUGGAAGAAAGAGGACACACUCAAGGGUAUCUGAUAUUGAUUUUGACUCUGCAGAAUCCAACGAUACUGUCGACUAUGAAAUGAACGGGGCCAACAAGACUUUCCCUCAAGUUAAAACAGAGGAAGACUUUAGCAAAGAAAAUAUUGAAGAUGUUAAAGAAGAAAUGGAUGAUGAAACCACUACCACUAGCAUAGAAAGUACCAGAAAACGGAACAGUUCAGACAGAAAGUUAUCAAAGAAAGGCCGAUCAAAGUUCAUCCUUGAUGAGAGUGGAUUAUUCACAUGCUCAGUUUGUAAGGAAUUAUUUGUAACUAAGAGGUUGAUGUCUGAGCACUACUUGGAAAACCAUUCCAGAAAACAAAUGCUAAAGCUUGGCAAACAUUUUACCAGCACUGAAGCAGGGACUUUCACAUGCAAUGAAUGUGGUGAAGUGGUGAAAAACCAUUACCAAGGAAAGCUUCACAUAAAGCGGAAACAUCCAGAAUUGAAGAAAGGCAAAGACAUUGAGACAGAAUGCCUCUGGUGCGGUCAGGUGUACAAGAGUGCGGGGCUUUGUCAGGUACAUUCCAGGAGCUGCGAGUUGAACCCAAAAUUCAGCUGUCAGAUCUGUAAAGAGAGAUUCACUACCACCGGUGACUUACAAAAUCACUUACUGGCCCAUUCCAACAUGGAGAUAAUGGCCUGUACGAUAUGCUGCAAGGCGUUCACAAAUGUACAGUACCUCCAGCGACAUAUGCUUACUCAUAACACAGCAAGGAACGUGCAAUGCGAGCAUUGUGGGAAGGGAAUGGUGAGUGAAAGGGCCCUUGCAAACCAUCUGGUACAUUGCACGGGGGAUAGAGUGGUGCCUUGUCCACACUGCAACGUGAAGUUCAAGACCAGGCAGGCACUGCGGCACCACAUGACCGUGCAUUCCGAUGAUCGUCCGUAUGUCUGUGAUGUUUGUGGGUUUGCAGUGAAGAAAGCCCAGUACCUGAAGCGUCACAUGCGCUGCCAUACAGGAGAGAGGCCUUACCGAUGUGCAGACUGUGGCAUGACGUUCUCUUCCAUGAAUGGGGUCAACAGACACAAGCGUAUUCACAUGAGUUUCAAGCCGUGCGUGUGUUCGUUCUGUGGCAAGUCGUUCACCAACAACUGGAAUUUGAAGACCCAUCUCCGCCAACACACUGGGGACACCCCCUAUGAGUGCGGACUUUGUGGGAAAGCCUUCAAACAGAACGUGCUCCUGAAACUGCACAAUAAGACGCAUCAUCCGUCGUGAUCGAGAAAUACAUCUGCUGGCUGCUAUUAAUGCGGUUUCUUUAGAAGUUACAAACAAAAUGCUGGGUUAAAACACUGCACAAUAUGUUUAAUCAUCCUUCUUUAUCCAUUUACAAUGGUUUUUGCUUUGGCUGUUUCUAUUGAACAAUUGUUUGUCAGAUUAACUUGAUUAGAACUUAAAUGUUCUCCAAUAACUGAAUAAUGAGAGCAUACAAUUUCUGGUUGCAUUAAAGGGGCCUUUUCACAGAUUUCGGCAUGUUUUGAAGUUUGUCAUUAAAUGCUUUAUAUUGAUAAAUGUAAACAUUAAAUUUUAAAAGCUUCAGUUUAAAAUAAAAUUUAAAAAAGGAAAAAAAAGUAGCACGCAGCCGGGCUGGAACCAGUGACCCUCGGAAUCCUGAAGCAAAAACACAUUAGCCAUGUGAGCUAUCCUGCCAAUCAUACAUAACAUGCGUAUUUUAUACGUUAUAUAAGCAAUCUUCAUAAUUUCACAUAAUUUAAAAGACAACAACAGAACUCUCCAAAUUUUUUAUUCAAUCGUUUCGCAUUGCAACGCUUUAUAAUUUUUAGGUUUUUAAAUCGUCAAAAGAUGCAUAUAAUGGCUAUAUUAGACCAUGCCAAAUGUUCAGUAAUACUGUUUCCUCACAAAUAUCAUAACUAAACCGAAAAUUUGCGAAUCUGAAAGAACUUUUUUCAAUUUUGUCAAUUUACCAAACCGUGAAAAGAUCCCUUUAACCCUUUACAACUUAGAUACGUCUUUUUACGCAUUUGUAGUCUCUUUUAAAGUUCAAUAUAAUUAAAGACCUUUCUUACUAGAUUCAAGUUUUAAAGGCUUCAAUUUCAACAUUUAGAUACUAAUGAGCAGUAAACAGCAAAGAAAUCUGAACAAACUGCUAGUUACUCGCAGGCUGUUCUAGUGUUAUGCUGUUUGCACAUAGCCAUUUUCUUUUUGGUUCUAAGUUGGAAAUGGUUAAACUGCCCAACUAACAUAAUCAACUAGUACACCGAGGUGUCACAAGUCAAAGUUUUGGUCGAAUGUUAAUCUUUUUAAGUUUUAAAAUGGAACACUGCGGAAAUGGCCAAUAGGAAUUAUUAUCAAAAGUUGCUUGAUAGAAUUACUUUAAGCCGAAUGUCACAAAUCCUAUUUUCAAUUACAAUGCUGAAUUCAACUUACAAAUACAUUGCAUUAGUUAUUGUGAUUAAGAAACAUUUAUAAAAUGUGGAAAAAAUAAAACAAAGUAAAAUUUAUAAAGAUAUACCAAGUGCAUGCAUGGAUGUUUUCCCUUGUCUUGCAAUAUAAGAAUUGAAUAUUUAAAUAAUAAGAAAUGUUUGUAGCUUUAUGAAUAUUUUAUAUGUAGCUUUUUAUAGGCUAUUUUAUUUGUUUUUGAAUUGUUUGAAAAAUAAUAUUGUUUUUAUUGGCUUAUCUUUGGCAUACUUUAGUGAUGUUUUAAUGUGAUGACCUGAUAGAUGUGUAGUUAUUGCCGUUACUGGCUUUAUUUUAUGUGUUUUUUUUCACAUAUUUUGACCAAAAUAUUUUACCAGUGAAUUUUUUUUGUCUGUUACUUUUCAGAGUGUUUGUUAAAAGUUUGCUUAGUACAGAAAUGUAUGUGUUUCCUUUAUACCCUGUACAUCAUGAUACAGCCUUUAUACCCUGUACAUCUUGAUACAGCCUUUAUACCCUGUACAUCUUAAUACAGCCUUUAUACCCUGUACAUCUUGAUACAGCCUUUAUACCCUGUACAUCUUAAUACAGCCUUUAUACCCUGUACAUCUUUAUACAGCCUUUAUACCCUGUACAUCUUGAUACAGCCUUUAUACCCUGUACAUCUUGAUACAGCCUUUAUACCCUGUACAUCUUGAUACAGCCUUUAUACCCUGUACAUCUUGAUACAGCCUUUAUACCCUGUACAUCUUGAUACAGGAGACACAUCGGGGAGACACACUUUUUGCCUGAACAGGAUUUUUGCUAUGAAGAGUCUUUCUUAAAACAGAAAAUGUCAUAAAAGCAGACAGUGUCGUCCUUUAUUAGCCUGUGCAUUCUGCACUCUGAGAUGACACUUUACACACAUGCAUUAACCCCCCCCCCCAUUUUCACAGAGCGCAGCCCAAAUGUAAUAUUGUUUAUAAAUUUUAUUUUAUGAUUUUAUGUGCCAUGCGCCAGUUUUUACUGUAAAUGAACAACAAUAAUAUGUAGCUAUUUGUGAUCCUCAAUGAAUGAUGUGCGAGUUUCAUUCAGUGAAGAAAAAUCUUUGUUGUUCUAUAUUUGAAUUUUUUAAUGAGCAUAAACAUGUAACUGUUUUGUCUGUUCAAAGGGGCACAUCGACAACUGGUUGUAUAUUUAAAAUUGAUACAUGAGCAUCUUUAAGUUUUCCAAAGAACAAACUUUAGUCAAUAUUGCAUUCGAAGCAAUACUAGUAACUGGAACAAUUGUGUAUAAAAUGUACAUGAUAAUACAUUUAAAUGCAUUACCGGGUACUUUUUUGAUAAAAGAGCAUCUUUAAAGUUUUUUGAUAAAAGAGCAUCUUUAAAGUUUUCCUUGGAACAAACUUGUUGUAAAUAUGCAUUUUAAGCAAAAGUUGUAACUCGAAAAAUUGGGUAUAAAAUGUAUAUGAUAAUAUAUUUUAUAUGCAUUACUUUUUCAGCUGUGUGUGUUUUUUAAACUAAGAAGGUUUUAUGGGAUACAUUUUUAUGCACCAAUCAUCUUUGAUGCGGAGGCGUAAUUACCUGUCCAUUUGUUGGUCCACCAGUCCAUGAUGAGGUAUCCCAAAAUGACAGGUUCCAUGUUAUAUCAAAAAUGCUUUCUACAAAGCUUUCAUACUUGCAUGGAUGGUGUUUUGGCUCUCUUUCAACUUGCCUACAUCACCUUUAACAGACCAACUCAGACGGAUACAAACGGUUGUUUUUUGUGACAAAUUUGCACACUUGUAUAAAGCAUAUCUAUAUUUCGCCCCCUCUGUGCAAAAAGGUACCACGUGACAUUGAAAUUUAAAAGUACAUAGUACCUUUUUGCUCCAAUGGGGCAAUUUAAUGGAAAUUCUAUUGAUAUGCACAUUUAGCAUUUCUACAUAAUAAGUGAUUUAUAAGAACAAGCAUAAACAUGUCUAAUAGGGAAUAUUAUAAAACAUAUAAUAACAAAAUGUGAAUGCAUUUUGUAAAACUGCUCAUUUCUGUUCUUUUUUAAGGUCUUCUGUUGUACUAGUGAUUAUAAAAUACACGAAAAAGUUUUGCUGACAUUGUUGAACGUAAAUAAAUGGCUUAUGUAUGUUUAAUUAAAAAAAAAAACACCCUCAACAUAUUGCGCGAGAUAUGCAUACUAUAAAUAUCAUUUAAGGUUGAGCAUUUAUUUUAGUCUCGUAACAGUUCUUGAAUUCAUGCCUUAAAUCACAGGAAUACGGCUAAACUCCUAUCAUAUAUAGUUCAUAUGAUAUGUUAAGACAUAAAGAAUCAGAUACUCAUCAUGUACCAAACCAAAAUGUAACAAUUGUUUGAUUGUUCAUUUUAUUAUGCACAUUCAUCCUUAUAUACCUUAUACUUAAUAUGCUAUAGAGCUUUGCAUGACUGUUGCUGUGGAUGAAGGAGGUAAAAUGUAAUGUAAAACCUUAAUUUUUAGGCUUAAACUGUCUUUAAAUCUUGCUAUUUCCGAAAUUAGGUUAUUGUAAGUUCAAAACUUGUAGACAUUUUUGUAUGUUGUAGAGGUGUUUUAAUUUUAACGAAUUCUCACAUGAUGUUUGUUAUAUUUUUUGUAUAGACAAAGGAUGUAAUUGAGCCUAUUGGAAAACUGGGCAUAAUGCGUGUGUGUAAACUGUCUUCCCAGAUUAAUCUGUGCAGUCCACACAGGGAAAUCAGGGACGACACUUUCCGCUUUUAUGACAUUUUUCAUUUAAAUAAAGUCUCUUCUUAGCAAAAAUCAAAUUAAGGCGGAAAGUGUCUUCCCUGAUUAGCGUGUGCAGACUGCACAGGCUAAUCUGGGACAACACUUUACGCCCAUGCAUUAUGCCCAGUUUUCUCAGAACGCUACUCAAUUGUGUUAAGCAUCGUCACAUAUUAUCCUGUGCAAUGUGGUGGAUUUUCAUUUAGAUAAAAAUCAUAUACAUGACAAAUGCCAUCGUAUCGACUCUAAUACAACUGGGACAAUACUUUACUCGCAUGCAUUUCUCUGAGACCAGCCCAAUUAAUUUAUGUGAUAAACUAACAAAUAAAACAUGUGUAGUGAAUUAUAUUUUCCCAAAUUUCUUCUCGUCAUAUCAUAAAUUAAUUUAAAAUCAAAAUAAUUUUAGCAUUACCGUAACUUAUUGUCCAAUAAACGUUUCCUUUGCUUUCUGGUGUAUGGCUGUUAAAGCCCACGGGCAUAUACCUAUGUGAACAGAUUCUUAUCGCUACUGUGAGGUCCAUUGUUAAAGCUCCUCUUGGGGAUUGUUUUCAAAAUUUAAAGGACUGGUUAUUCCCCAGAAACAGUCUUGAGAGUGUUUCUAUGAAUAUGUUUAAAUGAAUGCAUGUAAAAAAUAAUUGUUAAACAAUUAUUUGUGUGUAUGUUGAAUGUUUCAUGUUAGCAUCUACAGUGACAUACUUAUUUUAAGUAAUAUAUGUGAAUGUUAUAUACUCCUGAAAUAUUUAUAUUACAUAUGUGCUUCAGAAAGGUUUUUUGUUUGCUCAUUUAAAAGACACACACUUAUUAUCCCCCGCCUUAGGCGGAGGGAUAUUGUUUUGGCGUUGUCCGUCCAACCGUCCCAUCUUUCCGUCCGUCCGACACUUUUGUGUCCGGAACCAUAUCUUGGAAGUGCUUUGGUGGAUUUCAUUGAAACUUGGUAUGAGUAUAUAAAUGGAUAAGAGGAUGAUGCACGCCAAAUGGCAUUGUACACCAUCUGUAAAUAAUGGAGUUAUGGCCCUUUGUAUCUUGAAAAAAUGCUUUUUUGAGUGUCAAAUACAACACUUUUGUGUCCAGAAGCAUAUUGGCGGGGGAUAUCAAUUCAACAAAUUUGCUUGUUCUAAUUAUGAUCAGGUCUCAGGCGCACAAAGCUUCUUUGUGAAAGCAAGACGUUUGUGAUCAAUUGUUUUGUAAUUUCAUUUAAAGUUUACAUGUUUUUCCCCGUAUUCCAUGUACAAGUUACAAAUCUAGGCACAUGUCUAUCAUCCUUUUGCAUUAAAGUGACUGAAGUAAAUAUUUUAUGAAUUCACCUUAUAUUUGAAAACAUAUGCUUAAAACGAAUAAAUUGUGUUUCGUAUAUUUAAAAAAAUAAAGAUGUAUUAUUAUUUUAAUAAUGAUAACAAUGUAUAUAUAAAAAGUUUUUUCUAAGACCUUGUACUCUAUCUCGGUUACCGCCAUGUUGUAUAUGUACAUGUAUGUAUGUGUAACCAGCCUGCUUACUUAUUAAUGUUAAUUUUAUUACAAAAUAUAAAUGAUUUACAAUAAAUGAAAUGAACUAUCAA